GCCAUUUUGCUAUGCAUACGAUGGACGUGUCGUCGCCUGUUGCAUUCUUGCAUUCACCCUUCCUCAUCCCCGUCUUCACCCUGCUUGUAUCCAUCUUCUCCUUCCUCCUCUUCUUCACCAAGAAGUCUCGUCCAUUCGGCAGCAAUGGCGGCAAACGGUUGCCACCGUCACCGUGGGGUCUUCCGAUCCUCGGCCACCUCCCACUUCUUGGACCCCUACCGCAUAGGAAGCUCCGGUCUCUGGCGCAGGCGCACGGUCCGGUCAUGCUCCUGCGCCUCGGCGGCGUGCCCACCGUGGUGGCCUCCUCGGCUGCCGCAGCGCAGGAGGUCAUGAAGACCCGCGACCUGGCCUUCGCGAGCCGUGCUCCCGUGCGCAUGGCAGAGCUCCUUUUCUACGGCCGCGACAUGGCCUUUGCCCCCUACGGGGAGCACUGGCGCCAGGCGCGACGCGUGUGCGUGCUCCACUUCCUCAGCGCUCGCCGCGUCGCCUCCUUCCGCCGUGUCCGUGAGCUGCAGGCCGCAGCGCUGCUCGACCGCAUCCGACGUGUCGCAUGCGCCUUGCGGCCGGAUGGUUGCGCCGUGGUGAACCUGACCCACGAGUUCAUCUCCUACACCAACGCAGUCAUCUCGCUGGCCACGUUCGGUGACAACAGCGGGUAUGGUAUCGGCGACGGCCUGUCGGAGGUGUUCGCCGACUUCGAGGAGCUACUGGGAAUGGUCACGGUGGGGGAGUUCGUGCCGUUGCUGGCGUGGGUGGACACGCUGAUGGGGAUAGACGCCAAGGCGGCUCGGACGAGCAGGGUAAUGGAUGAGCUGCUCGAGCGGGUCAUCGCGGAUCACCGCCAACGUCGACUCGGCAGAGGAAGGCUUGUUGGCGACGCCGACGAAGAUCACCGGGACUUCGUGGACGUGAUGUUGGAUGUGAGCGAGGCGGGAGAGGAUGCCGGAGGUGUCGAGUUCGACACGAUCGCCAUCAAGGCCAUUGUCCUGGAUAUGUUCGCCGCUGGGACAGACACCACCUACACGACUCUGGUAUGGGCCAUGGCGGAGCUCAUCAACCACCCAGAUGAAAUGCGCAAGCUCCAGGAAGAGAUCCGUGCGACCGUCAUCGACAGUGGCGUCAACCACAUCAACGAGGACCAUCUCGACAAGCUACACUACCUUAGGGCUGUGAUCAAGGAGACGUUCCGUAUGCACGCGCCUUUGCCACUCCUAUUGCCUAGGGAGACGCUCGAGGACACGGAGUUGCUUGGCUACCGCGUCCCGGCACGGAUGCGCGUGGUGAUCAAUGCAUGGGCUAUUGGCCGCGACGCGGAGACGUGGGAACACGUCGAGGAGUUCAUGCCAGAGCGAUUCAUGGAUGGCCCGGUAGAGUACGGGGUGCGGUAUGACGACUUUAGGACGGUGCCAUUCGGCGGUGGGAGGAGGGGCUGCCCUGGGAUUGGGUUCGCCUCGCCGGCGAUCGAGCUAGCCCUUGCAAGCGUGUUGUACCAUUUUGACUGGGAGCUGCCGGCGGAGGUAGGGGCAUCAAAGCUAGACAUGAGCGAGCUGUAUGGGCUGUCUGUGCGUCUCAAGGCAACACUUUAUCUCGUUGCCAAGCCGUGGUCUCCUUGAUCGAUUAGCUAGCAGACUCAAAAAGUUAUUAUUUUCUCUGUCUACAAAAAAAUAUCUUAGAUUUAUCUAAAUUUAUGAAAAAUCUAAAACAUCCUUUUAUCGGA